AUGAAAUUCCCGACUUCAACCUGCUCGUCCGCAGUGACACGCGCUCUGGCUCGAUCACAAGCUGGUCAAGUCCGUUCUGUGGCCACUACCACGGCUACGCUGCCAACCCUGAAAGCGUCCCUGCCCAAACAAGCCGCACCUGCGCCACGGGCUUUGUCCAAUCUUGUCCCUACGAUCAAGUCUAGUGCUUCCGCACUUUCCACCCGCAACGCCGCGCGCCAAUCUCUGCUCGCGUCCAACAGCACAUUGGCACGCUCUGUGUCGUCGUCCGCGUCUGCGUCCGCACCUGCCUCGUCUCCAAUCUCGUCCUCAUCCGAACCUUCUCCCUAUGCAUCACCUCUACCCACCUCGUCCCUCAUCAACGUCACAACACUCCCCAACCGAGUCCGUGUGGCCACCGAAGCCACGCCAGGCCACUUCAGCGCCGUCGGAGUUUACAUUGACGCCGGCUCUCGAUACGAACGCCCCUGGGUCGCUGGCGAAUCAGGUGCUUCUCACCUCUUGGAUCGUCUCGCUUUCAAGUCGACCACCAAUCGCUCCUCACAACAGAUGACCUCCGAAAUCGAAGCGCUCGGCGGGAACGUCAUGUGUUCGUCCUCGCGCGAGACCAUCAUGUACCAGUCCAGCGUCUUCAACAAGGACGUGCCCGCUGUGCUCUCCAUCCUCGCCGAUACCAUCCUCAACCCGCUCCUCAGUCCAGAAGAGCUUGAUGUGCAGAGGGAAGCCGCCGCCUACGAAAUUCAGGAGAUCUGGUCCAAACCCGAAAUGAUCCUCCCUGAACUCUUGCACACUACCGCCUACCAGGCCAACACGCUCGGAAACCCUCUGCUCUGCCCCAUCGAGAGCCUCGAGCAGAUGACCGCCGACAAUUUGCGUAACUUCAUGUCCACCUGGUAUAGGCCCGAGAGGAUUGUCGUCGCUGGUAGUGGAAUGCCGCACGAGCAGCUCGUCGAGCUCUCUGAAAAGCUGUUUGGCGACCUCAAGCACGCUUCUGAUUCCUCGCGUCUCAGCUCCGGCUCUUCGUCGCUCUCCAGCUCGCCCUCCUCGUCAUCAUCGUCAUCGUCCUCGCGCUCCUCGUCUCUGUCGUCACUUUUCUCGCGCUCCUCGUCCAACUUUUCAACGUCCUCCUCUUCCUCGGCCACACCUACAUCGGCAGAGCUCGCCGACCUUAUCUCCACCCCCUCGCACUACACCGGUGGCGAGCUCUACAUUCCACAGUCUGAUCUCGAGUUUACGCACGUCUAUGUCGCCUUUGAAGGUCUCAGCAUUCACGACGAUGACAUCUACGCGCUCGCUACGCUGCAAAUCUUGCUCGGUGGCGGUGGCAGCUUUAGCGCUGGUGGACCCGGCAAAGGCAUGUAUUCGCGCUUGUACACCAACGUGCUCAACCAGCACCACAGCGUCGACUAUUGUGCCGCCUUCCACCACUGCUACUCGGACUCGGGUCUGUUUGGCAUCUCGGCCUCGGUCCAUCCGAGCUUCAAUUCGAGCAUCGUGCACGUCAUCGCGCGCGAGCUCGAGCUCUGCACCAGCUCCCUCUACCAGGGCUCGGUUACGCAGGCCGAGCUGAACCGUGCCAAGAACCAGCUCAAGAGCUCGCUCGUCAUGGCGCUCGAGUCGAGGCUUGUCGAGGUCGAGGAUCUAGGAAGGCAGAUCCAGGCGCACGGCAAGAAGGUAUCGGUCGAGGAGAUGUGCCAGAAGAUCGACCAGGUGGAUCUCAAGACGCUCAAUCGGGUAGCGACGCGUGUGCUCAGGCCGCAGAAGAUGUCGGUUUCUGCGAACAGGUCGCCGCGAGGAUCGGGUCAGGCGACGGUGGUCGCGCAGGGCCAGCUCGAGGGGCUGGGAGACGUGCGUGAUCUGCUUGCGAGGCGCGGACUCGGUGUACCGCCAAAGCAGGCUUCGUGA